GUGAAUCAUAGGAGCCUCUCAAAAUCCCACACUCUUCACUCUGUCCCUUUAAAUACCCCCACAAACCCUCUAUAAAAUAAAAAACCACAUCUCAAAACUCACAUCCAAAAUUCUGCUUUUAUCGCUUCGAUUUGUUUAAAACAUUAUGGGUUCAAAAAUUAACAAAAAAUUGGAUUAUGGUUACAAUGAUGAAAUAAUUAACCACUACAACACACCACACAAACUUUCUCUACCAACAACCAAACGGCCAUGUUUUUCAUCGGAGGCUCCAACACCGCCGCCACGAUCGGCAGCUAUAUCGAUACCGUUUAAGUGGGAGGAAGCACCAGGUAAGCCUAGACCUUGCCAUAGAGAAUUAUCAGAGGCAAAAGAAAGAGAAGAAGUAGUUAACAACAACAACGUUGUUAGAGCUUUGGAACUUCCUCCGAGGUUGUUGUUGUCUUUGGAGAGUAAUAAUGGUAAUAACAAUAAUGCGCCGUCGCCAACAACUGUUUUGGAAGGUCCUUACGUUGGAAGAGCCGUGUCUUUUACGACGUCGUAUAGGGAUAGUAAUAAGGAGAUUAGUAGUGGUGUGAAUUUCGGGUCCAGUAGAUGGGGUGGAUUGAAUUUGAAGGAAGAUAAUAGAAUUGAUCGUCAGGGUAGUUUUGACUUUUCAAGUUGGAGUGUUGAUGGUGUUGAUAAGGUCAAGAUUACAAGAGUUAGGAGAAGGGGAAGUUUCUCACGUGGAACUUCACAUUUUUGGGCAAGCAUUUAUGGAAGCUUUAAACAAGUGGUCCCAUGGAAGCGCAAACAAGAAAAGCAACAAGGAUCCAACAAAAUUGACAACGUUUGAUGAUGUUUAACUAAUGAAAUGUUACAACCGUCUCUCUUACCCUUUUCUACUAAAAAUAACACUACCACUUCUACCUGCAAAUUGACGGUGAAAUUGAUCUCUUCAGAUUAAUCGGUUUUUAGGUUGGAUAUUAAUUUUAUUUUA